CCUACAUUUAUGGACCCUCCCCUGGACCUUUAACCUUCAAUGAUGGUACUGCGAGUCUGGACAAAAUGCUGCUAUCGUCCCCGGCUGCUCUGGGGAUUGCUCCCCACACUGAUGGUUCUCUUGAUCAUUCGCUUCUUGAUCAGUGGGGGCCAUGAGGAGCUGCUCUCACGCUCACUGCCUUACUUCAUGGCGGGCGGGGGGCACCCCAUCAGCCCCCCACUCCUGCCCUCCUCAGAUGACUUCCUCCUCCUGCCACCACCUGAGGCCUGCUCCCCCAGGGCUCCUUCCCUCCUGGUCUUGGUGGUCAGUGCCCCUUACCAUAUAACUCAGCGACAGGCAAUCCGGUCCACGUGGGGAGGGGCCCGCUGUACCGGGAAGUUCACAGUCCAGACUUUCUUUGCCUUGGGACUGCCACGGAAACCCUCGUUUCAAGCAGCAUUGGAACGGGAGGCGGCCAAGCACCAGGAUCUUGUCCAGGGCCGCUUCUUGGACACUUACGGCAACCUGACACUCAAGACACUAUCCCUCAUGGGCUGGGCAGCUACCCACUGCCCUGGCACCCUCUUCUUGGUAAAGGUGGAUGAUGAUAUCUUCCUCAACCUGCCCGGCCUGGCUGAGGAGCUGGAACACUGCACCACCCUGGCACCCACCUACCUAGGUCAGAUCCACUGGCGCGUCUGGCCCAACCGGGACUCCCGCAGCCGGCACUACAUCCCCGCCAGCCUUUAUCCAGCGGGGCACUUUCCCCCCUACUGUGGCGGUGCAGUCUAUGUCCUUUCAGGGGCUGCCGUGCCCAUUUUGCUGGGGGCUAGCCGCCAUGUGCCCCUGGUGCCUGUGGAGGACAUCUUCGUGGGGCUCUGUGCCCAUUGGGCAGGCAUCGUCCCUCAGCACCUGUCCCGACUGACUGGUGGGGACCACUUCCCGCCAGACCGCUGUUGCUAUCGGGGGGUUCUCCUCAGCGUACACAAAGUAACCCCUGUUGAGAUGGCAGCUGUCUGGGACACAACCACCCCCUACCAGGAGACAUGCCACGUCUGGCAGUGGGCACUAGGGUACCUGCGAUGCAAGGCCCUGGCCUGGAUGGCUACCCUGUGAGCUAAGAGGC